AUGCCGACAGAACCGCCCGCCACGACCGCGCAGCUCGCGCCCGUCUUCGCCCUGGUUGGCCUCAUCAGUCUCGCAGCGGUGUUGCUGCGCCGCAAGUCGAUACGUCAACAUGGCAUCUUCAUUGAUGCAGUCUCAUCGCCCGUCUCGGCACCACCGUCGCCGCCGGAGCCAGACGAGGCCGGCGGCCCAUCGGCGGUUGACGGGCCCAUGUCGGUCACCACUGUUAGCUCCAUGACCCGCAGCGACUCGAUGAAGUCUCGGAUCAAAGCCUACGACAGGAACGGCGACGGCCAGUUCGAUUCCGGAGAGGUGGUGGAUAUGGUGGUGGACAUCGACAGGUCGGAGAAGGAGAAGCGCGACCUCAAGGAGCAGCGCGAUCGGCUCCGGAGGUGGCUGCUAUGUGCGGCGGGCGUCAUCGUGCUGCUAACCCUCUCCAUGUUUGCGGUCAGCUGGGCCGCGUCCGAGCUCGUAAAGGAAACACACGCUGACAAGGCGGUGCUCACCGACCGUGACGGCUCCGUGCUGAACGCAUGGGACACCGGCGCCGGUGGGUGCUGCUGGUAUCGCUCGAACAAGGACAAGUGCCGCUGGUAUGAUGCCAGCGACGGGAACAUCCAGUAUGCAUAUCGAAACGACGGUGACUCCAAGACGAUUAUGCUGGAAGGAACCAGCACGGCGACUGGCAGCUUCUCUUGGGGCCCAGAGGUUGAGUUUGAUGCCGAUGCGAACAUGGCCCAAGGCCUUGCCCGCUGGCACAGCGCCGUCUCCGAAGUGAAUGGGUGGCUCGUGCUGCCGAUGGGGUUUGGAGGUGAGCGCCACGUGACCACUGCCGCGUGGCACGGCGACAAAGUCCUCGGUGCGGCGGUCGCGCGAGAGCUGCAGGCGCAGUGCGUUGGUGGGCAGGACGAGCUCACGCGGCGCUUCUGCGCCGCCGUGAGCAACGAGCACAUGGCGGCGCACCUAGACCAGCUGCUGCCACUGACGCUGCUCACGCUGCUGCCGCCAGCCGAGGAGCGAGCGGCGCAGGUGCACGACUGCGGUACGCUGCUCGAGGCUUGCGUGGAGCGGGUGCACCACUCGGGCGGCGCCGAUGCCAUCGAGGAGCUCGCUCGCUACCUCCUCGCCACCGCCACCGACACCGACGCCGACGCCAGCGAGGGCGAAGGCGGCGAGGCACGCGCGAGGAGGGAGGCGAACCCAAAGGGGAGGCUGCUCGAGCUCGGCGGCAGCGUGGGCCCGGCCGAGCAGGUCGGGGGCGCGUCCCACUCGCCGCUCUUCCGGGCGGCGGCCAGCCUGGGCGAGAGGCGCCUCACUGCGGAGGGAGGCAGCAAGAAGGCGGCCGAGAAGGCGGCGGCGGCAGCGCUCCUCGCCUCGGCAGGCGUACACGCGGCCGUCUUGCCCACACAGCGGCUGGACCUCGCUCGCACAGCGUCCGAGGCCGUCGGCAGCAGAGCGUCGGAGGCUGCGUCGGCUGGCCGGCCGCUGCGUUGGUCGGCGGUCGCCUUCCGUGAGGCGGACCUGGCGGCGGAGCUGAAGGACGGCGAGGACGGCGAGGCGUGGUUCCGGAGGAGGCCGACCCUACACCGGAGCGUGUGCGCGCCUCUCCUCUUCCCAGACGCGGUGCGAGCGGUGGACGCGUGGCAGGCGCGGCUAGACGACGGCGCGCUAGCGAUGGUUCGUGUGCAGGCGGCGCGCGGCGGCGAGGGCGCCACGCGCGUGUUUGUGACGCCGGCACCCACAUCGACCGGCAGCGCGGCGAGGCGGGCGGCAGGCGUGCUCGCGCACGCGCACAUCACCGCCCUCCUCGACCUCCAGCUGAGUGGCAGUGCCGGAGACGAAGGCGAACCACACCACACGAAAGCAGCCCCCCGCGCACACUCGCGUGAGGAGGAUCACAAUGGCGGCAGCGGUGGGUAG